GAGCACAGCGAGCCCUGGAGGAAUUUUUUUCACCCCUCCGUUUCUCUUCGAGAGGUCUGCUUGCAUCCGAACGCGGACCAGUGGCAGUGAAGGCACUUGUUCUGGCGGUACAGUACGAGUAUUCUGCUCGAGCGAGCUGGCGACACAAGGGCCAAUACGGGUAAUCUGAGACGUGAUUGUCGGUUCACCUCCUUGCCCAGAAUCUUGGCUCUCCCCGCCCGCUCCAAUGAAUUCCCUCUCGCCAAGAUGCAGAGCUUACCGCCCGCCCCAGCGGUCAUGGCCCCGAAAGCGAGAUUCGGGCAUCAUCGCUCCUCUCCCACCUCCCACCACCAACGGGAUGGAGCAAAACAAAGCAAAAGGGAAAUAAAGGCUCAAAUGAGAGGUGGAAGCACAGAUGACCCUUCGCUUGCUCGUGCUCCGAACGGUUGAGGUCACCCAGUCCAAGCCAUCCAUCCCACACACCGUUUCAACAAUCACCAGUCCGGGUCUUGGAAUAUUCCAAGUUCCAGUCUUCUUCUGCCCUGCCCUUCCUUUUUCCCCCUCUGCCUUUUUUUUUCUUCCCUUUGUUCUUUCUUUCUACCUUUCCCUUCCCAGACCGCUUCGUAUCCGCUUCAGAUCCCUUUCCCUCUCCUUCUCCAAUCGACCCAACCAACACCCACAGCAUAUUUCACCCCGGGUUAGCUUUCCGGAGCUGCUUCGUUUAAUAUAGACCUAUUUCAUCCAUCCCUCAACCCUCGCUUCAGGUACAGUGCUCGUUUUGCUCUCUCUGUCCCUCUCUUUUUUUUUUCUUUCUUCUAUUCCGGGGUCAACCCCCAUCGCUCAAAGCUAGCGCUGCGGGCGGCUCUGUGAAACGCUGCACCCUAACGGGACGCUUUGCGGUAACGAGGCACACGAUACGAUUUGUUUCUCCGACCACCGCACUGUACCAUACAUCCACCGUUACCGAUACUCAAUAGCAUCCCUUACCGGUGCAUUCCCGUUGCCAUCGUCCUUUUCUAUUGCAUUAAUACCGCUACCCUCAACCAUCUCCCUCCACCCGGUUAACAAACACGCCCCGCCGGGACCGUUUCUUUUCAAUACAGCGUCCUCACACCCCUUGCCCCGCAAACAUCUCACUCAGAAUCGUAGACUCAGAUCUGGGUGGAUUGCACCGACUGUCCACCACCACCUUUCGAUAUGCCGAUCUUAGAUGUCUUCACCAAGCGAAAGCUUCCGAGUAGAGUGGUCCUGUCGUAAGUCCUCUCGGCCUGUGCUUCCCCUCAUCCCCACCCAUCCCGUCACUUACACGAGGGUUACGAGACUUUAGCUAUAUUUUCGACUACGUUGUCAUAAUGUGAGUGGAUCUUACUUGCCUUGCACCUCUCCGGAGCUUGGGAUAGCGUUCUCCGGGAGUGGGAGAUAAGUACACGGACACAACCUGACGAUAUGCAGAGUUUUCACAUUAAUCUUUUCGGCCCUUGAUCUCGCCGAACCCUACCAUCAGCACUUUUCGCUCAAUAAUGAAUCCAUACAAUAUCCAUUUGCCGAGAAGGAGAGGAUACCCGCUGUUUGGGCCGGCGUUUUAUCGUGCUUGUUCCCGUUGGUCUUUAUCAUCUUCUGGACCAUGUUGAUCGACGGCCUUUAUUCCCACCACAGGCCCCCGAACAGCCGGAGACGUAUGCUUGGUAGCAACGGAGUAUGGACUAUGGCGGACAGACUGUGGGAGAUGAACUGUGGAAUACUGGGGUUGGGAUUGAGUGUCGCAGCGGCCAUCGUUAUCACCGGCGCAUUGAAAAACACUACUGGCAAACCAAGGCCAGAUCUGAUUGCCCGGUGCAGACCCAAGGAGGGCGCUACAAAUGCUCCGGGGUUCGGUCUUGCCUCAUACGAUAUCUGCACCGGCGACAAACAUAUCUUGAAGGAUGGUUUUAAGAGCUGGCCUUCUGGCCAUAGCAGUAGUAAGCUUCUUUAUAUAUAUAUAUAUAUAUCACCUGUGGUACUUUCCUAACAAGCAAUAGCUGCGUUCGCUGGCCUCGGAUAUCUUUCCCUUUUCCUUGCCGGAAAGCUUCAUGUCUUUGAUACCCGUGGCGAAGUAUGGAAAACCAUGCUCGUACUGAUUCCACUUCUUGCCGCAAGUCUAGUGGCUGUAAGCCGUAUCAUGGAUGCCCGCCACCACCCUUUCGACGUCAUCACUGGCGGUAUCAUGGGGUUCUUCGUAGCCUAUGUCUCCUACCGCCAAUAUUUCCCUCCUCUCUCUGAAACCUGGAAGAAGGGUCGUGCCUAUCCUAUGCGAUCCUGGGGAACCGACUCUGCUGAGCGGAAGCAGAUGCAACUCGGAGUGUACGAAGAUAACUCACUCAGCGGCGGCCUAGUAGCCGACGAAGAGGAGGGUGGAAAGAUAGGCGUUUAUAAUCCGGGCAUAGCACCUAGGGCGGGAGGACCAAGUGUAAGCGCUCCCGGCAUAAUUGGUGGUGGAAAUGGAUCCGGGAGUCGAUUUUCCGAUGAGUCGGCAGCAAUCCAAGCACGGAAACGGGAAGCGCAAGGGAUCGGGGCAGGAAGACAGCGAAGCGACCUGGAUGAUUACGGUGGAUACUCUCCCCAAGGAGAGAGUUCUAGUGGAGAGGAACCCGAGACGUACGAACUCAGGCCAGCGCCAUUAAAACCAUUCAAGGCUCCGGGGAUCGCUAGGACGGAUAGUCAAGAGAGUGAGGAUACAAGAUGGGGCGUUGACAGGGCUACAACAGCGAUUACAGGUGGUGGUGCAGGAUCCCCACCCGUUCCAGGGGGCUUUGAACCCGUCGGACGAACCAAUACCGGAUUUGAUAGCACAGACGAAGAAAAAGGCCCGCUUAAAACCAAAGAUGCAGUCCGAAGGGUACAAUUGACCGAUAGCUAAGCUCAGUUAAGUCGCAUUUUAUUACAUUUUCUUUCUUUGAACGACUCAAGGUUGUGGGCGGGGUGUAAAGGUGUUCAUGACAUGUUUUUCAUUCUCAGUUACUCUUUCGGUUGGUUUGGGCAUAUAUCUUUUUCUUUUCUUUUAUUUCAUUUAUUCUCGUACCUUCUUUACUUUAUUACAUCAUUUAUACUUGCAUUUCACCCUCAUUUUUUCCCUUUAUUUCACGGGAAAAUUCAAUUUCUCAUCCUUGCUUGUUUGCUGCUCGUACUUUUGGCGGGGGACUUUGUACUUAGCUCACGUUAUACAUUUUCUUUUCCUCUCCUUUAAAUGGGACUCGUAGGGUGGUGAGGCUCAACAGGAGUUAUGGGGUAUGUGUGUGUGGGGGGGUUAACGUGUAUACCUUUUAUCUAUCCUCCUUUGCAGUGCGGGUAGAAAUCGGGAUAAUUGUGAUGCGUUCAUUCAUUAAUUGCUCACUCUGCGCCGUAGUUGGCAUGGCAUGUGUAGGCUGCGCCGUUCGAUGCCGUAGGAGCAUCGCGAGAAACCGCCGCCGUACGCUGGUCGAUCGGGUCGGCUCAGAUACGGUAGCCAACGCGCCCGAGUAUAAUGUCGUGUACAGUACGGUAAUAUCAUACCGAGCAGCACAGCUCGGCAAAGCGGGGCAUACCGGCACGAUCUGAUCGACAGCAUCGGGUAUCACUCGUUUGCCAGCUCGUCAUACCUCGCACAGGGAUGGAAUGUCCUCGCUGCGCACACAGACCGACCACUGGUGGCUUAUCGCUGGUAGAUGAGUACCGUAUGAUAUCACAGGAACGAUGGAUAGGCUACUGAAUGGUAUGACGCUUUAUUAUAGUUUUUUUUUGUUUCUUUUUUUCUUUUUUUCCCCCUUCAGCAGCAGCACGGAAGGCUCAGGUGAGGGAGGAAGGGAAGGAAGGGAGGGAGGGAAGGGAGUACAGUACUAGUGCAGCAAGUUGUAUCACAUCACAUCAUAACGGGUGGAAUGCCUCGUGGUGCAAUUUUCACUUUUAAGCGUGGGGUUGGAGUUGUGAUGUCGUCGCGCUGUAGCUUGAAGGAAAAAGCUUGCGAUGGGAUGUGAUUGUACUUGUACGGUACUGUACGGUACGGUAGAGUUUUGUUUGACUGAUUUGUGUUAUGCUAUAGCUUGAUGGGAACUACUACUAUUACUGUG